AGGAUACAAUGCAAUAUAUCGAAGGGUACAAAAGAAAGAUCUAUCGAAAAAUACCAAAACGAAGAUCUCCAAUCAGCAAGCAAAUCAUACGAAAAAUGAAGACAUAGCUGUUAACUCUACAAAAUAUGUGUGA